CAACACUGAACACGAUCUAGAACGUGGCAGAAAUAUAAUAACAUACGCUUUGCUUUUGUGAUUGUUUUCAUCAUUUUUGUGAGAAGAACUGAGAAAAAGAACGUAUGUUUAACUUAAAAGUCUUUUAAGUUCCAUUAAAUUUUUGACAAUAACAAGUUCAAAAUUGAUCUUACUAAGAUUCUUAGUAAUCUAAGUGAAAUCCCUUGCACUCUCAUUCAGCAUUUGCAAAAUAUUAGUAUUAGCAUUGACAUCGAAAUGUGAUUCUUAUAUUUUUAUUAUUAUGACUUCAGUAUCAGACAAAGAAACAUGUAUGAUGGGUAUACCUGCAUGAUUUUAGUGAUAUAUUUGUUGACUGCGGCUAUUCGGACCCGGGUAUCAGAAGUGAGAGGGUGGGUUUAUUGUAAGGGCUUGUAAGACAAAAUUUGGUAUGCUAUUCAGUCCCUGGUCCCUUUUGAUUAAAUAAUAAAUGCUAUCGGGAUGCCAUUUGUGGUAGUUUAUGUUCAUUAAACUGAAGAAGUGGUAAGCCGAAGAAGUAAAUUUACAAACAUAUAGAUAGUCCAUUCAAUUAUAGGUAUAAUUAUAUUUCAUUUGAUACCAAAUUUUGUCUUACAAACCCAAAAAUAAUAAUAUUUUAAAUAUUUUUUUAAUAACAUCUCACUUCUGAUACCCGGGUCCGAAAAGCCACUUUGAUAUUUGUAGGCUAUGUAUGCUUAUGCCCCAUCUUAUCACUUAAAAGUUACUUUCAUAGAUAUUAGGACUGCACUAGGUUAGCAAAUUGUAUUUAGACUAUUUAUUUAACUUUUAAAUGCCUAUCUAGGAUCUAUAUUCUAAUUAAAUAUUCUCUAUUUUAUAAAUAAUAAUAAUAAGCCUAUACUGUAGUUGAAUUGGAUAUUUAAACCCUAAAAAAGGGGCCGACUAAUAAUUACAAUUAAUAUAGGCUGAUAUUAAUUUUAUAUUAGAGGUACAUUUGAGGGGGGGAAUUUACUAUCUCUUACUAUUCUUUAAAUGGUUUUCAUCCAUCUACGUGGAGCUACACAGAAUCACUCAGAGGCAACGCCUCAUUUGAAUUGCAUAUUAACAAUUUAACAUUACAAACACUCUUUUAGUAUCAAAAUCAGUAUGUGUUAUUCAGAGUUAAGUGGGUAUCUUUUCAUAUUCAAAGUGACAUCUGUGGCCAGUGUUGUUUUCUUUUAAUCAGGUAAAUGCAGACGAUGCUCCUAUACUUAUACUGUUUGCAGCAAAUAUUGUGUCUGUUCCUCCUCUCAUAUUAUAAUGUUAACUCCUGCAUGAGACACACACAUCUCUGCCUUGAUUGUUAAUAUCCACUUCAUUGUUUAACAACCUCCUUAGCUUGUUUGUAAUCAUUUUUGAUAUUCCAUGUGCCAUGUCUCUGAUCAUAUUCUAGCUCAGAUUCUAAUACAGCCCUUUGUUCAAACAAAUUAUUUUAUUUUCUUUCAAGUAGAUUUCUUCAAAUGAAGCUAAAUUGGCUUUGGUGGUUCAUCCAUCCCUACAUUUUUAUAAAUAGAUUUCAACAUUGCCUGAUUUGACUUGUCAAAAAACCCACAAACUCUUCACUGAGAUACUAAGGGUGACCUUUAAAUUUCUUUCUAGCAACUUGUAGAGGAACGUGUUUGACUUUUCACAUUCUAUAAAUUUUUUAAGAACUUCAGAUCAUAAUAGGAGCAGAAAUGCAUUGAAGGGCCGUUAACUAUAACUUGCUUUAUUCUCAAUUAGGAAGAUGCAUAUUUCACGAAAUCCUCGUUCCUCUCCUAUAGUGAUUUUGAAUUGCCUACGCUACAUCCAUACUUAAAAAGAGUAUAAUGCUUAUAAUGCUUUUGCCAUUCACCUUGUGUGUUGAAGAGCUAUAGUGGUCAUAAAUCAUCCAGGGAUGGAUGAGUUUCUCCUAUAAAUAUAAAAGCCAACUCGAGAGAUUCCUUGCAAUAAUUUCAGGGCUGCGUAGUUUGUUGUUGCCCAUUUGAAAAUUCCAUGAGUCUGUUCUUGUCAUCUUUUAAACUGCCCAUAACUAUUGAUUUGUACUUAUGAUGAUCAAGUGGUUGUUCUAAGUGGUAGUCAAUAAUCAAGUAAUAUAGAUUGGCUUUAAAAUAAGUAUGAAUUUGUGCUUGUUGGCUGACGAUGGUUUCUUGACAACACAUUCACUUUCUUGUUGAGUCUUCUUUCAGGCUUUUUCCUACUGUUUGCUAUAUAUUUCCUUAUCUUCCACCGGAGGGCAGUCCUCCCCCAUAUUACACUAGGGGUGAAGUAUACGAAUCCUCCCCAUAUUACACUAGAGCUGAAGUACGGUAUACAAAUCCUCCCCAUUUUACAGUAGUGGUGAAAGUAUAUAAUUAUAACUUUACCACUUAUGGAAUGAAUGAGUAUAGCAUGACUUAAUCAUAAUUAAUAUUCCUGUAGCAGGCAUCUAAGGACGGGGAAUGUCCACACAUGAUGAUGCAUCAAAAGUACAUGUUUUAUGUUGAAAAUAAUAAUAAUUUGUUUUUUUCCAAUUAUUUAGAGUCAGUACUUGAAGUGGAGAAGGACACAUUGGACGUCAACAUUCUCAGUAAAUGGCUUCUAUAGGGGAUGCAGCAGUAUCAAGAAAGUCUUAUUCUUCUUCUGACAAGAAAUCAGAUGAAAAGCCAGGUAAAUUGACAGUUGGAGAUGCAUGUUUCUUUACCAAGGGGAUAAUAAAAUGCAGCAUUAUGUAUUGGGUAGGUUGGGAGUGAUAUAAAUAUACAAUUAGAAACAUACUUGAAGCUUGGAAAAUGCUACGAUUUAUUGACCUAGGGCUAAUGUGGGUAAAUUAAUGUGUAGAACUUUGACAAUGAUCAAAAGGGGCAGAGACGUUAAAUGUAUUUUCCUAGAUGGGGCUAAUGUUAAGAUUAUAUCAUUAGAAAAUUAAAUGUCAUGUGCACAAUAGAAUUAAAUUUCAUGUUGCUUGUCGGCUAAUAUUUACCCAAUUUUUCAGAAGUCACACAACCAGCGGGUGGUUUUUUAUGGCGCAUGUCAAGUGGUUUGUUCAAUACAGCAACAGGAGCGGUCGGUUAUGGAGUGGGUGGUGUUAAGUGGGUCGCUGGAAAGACGAUAGAUGUCGGCUCCGCUGUUGCUCAUAAGACAAUGGACGCAGGUGCAGUGGUGGCAAGUAAACUUCCGUUACCGUCGGUGUCCGUGCCUUUUGUGACUAAGAAAGAUAAGAAGGAAUAAUGACGGAGGAGUUCACUUUUCAAUUAAUGUGCUUCAUUAAUGAGAUAAACUUUGAAAGCUUACAUUAUUAUAAGCUUAUGUCAGCUUGCCAAUACGAUGGGGAUUGGUAAGAGAAAAAGAGGAACACUUCACCACUGUUCUUUACAGAAAGUAGAAAAUGUCAUGAACAGAAGAAAGAAAUGAUAUUGCUUUUAGAAAUGAUAUUAUAUGGCCUUGAAAUGAGAUAUUUUUCAGUUAUUAUGCCAUAACAUAUUUCUUUAUUCCUUUUAAACAUUUUAUCCACUAACCCUCAUUAUUAUAUUACAAAAUUAUUUUACCUGAGCAGCGGCCACCUUCAAAUCAGUGCAAGUAACACAUGACUUAAUUAAACAUACAGAGAUAAUUUAUUUUGAAGAGUCAUUUCAUUUAGUAACUGCUCACAUCCAAGUAAUCUUGUACUACAAAUCAUCAAAUCCUAAGAUGUUUUUUCUGGAAGAAGUCUAUUUGUUUUUUUUUUGUGUGUAAAACUUGUUCUAUUCUGAUAUUCCUUGUUGAUAUAUUUUAAUUGGUACUAAAUGUUUUUCUUGUUGCAUAGCACUGGGAUGUUGUUGUAUAAUAUUAUGUCCCAAUAUGUUUCACAUUUGAUUACGUUAUAGUUUGGCUCAAUCCCUUUUCAGUGUAGUAACUCAUUUCCCUGUUAUGUGACCUGAACUCAUUAUUUUUUUCAUAUGUUUCCUAGAGUAUCAGUCCGUUUUAACCGUUUUAUUGCUGUGUUAAUUUCUUAGAUAGUCUUGAGAUACAUCAUCGUGUCAGCACAUAAAAUAUUUGACCCACUUGGUAUAGUUUUAUAGUUUUUAAGUCAUUGUGUAUUAUUUUAAUCCAUUUUUUAGGGAUUCUACUGUGACUAUGCCAAUGGCUUAUCCAGUUGGUUCUUAAUUUUAUUGUUUUCUUCAAUGAAUUCUCCUUGCUUGUGGAUUUCACUCAUUGUUUAUGGCCAUAGGUCAAUGCUUGCUUGUGCUGCAGUUUUGACUCUUUCUAACAAUGUGUCACAUUCUUCCUUUUCAACUGAGGUAUUAAGUACCAUUACUUUUCAAAAUAUUCUCUAUUUCUAUGCUUGCUUCCUUCCCCCUUCUCUAUUGCCAUCAUCAAAUGUAUUUUAAAAGUUGUCCAUCAAUGCUCCUUUUUGUUAGUCUAUUCUAGCUACUUAAAUAUUCAUAGGCCUGGGGUAAAAUGUCAUGUGCCUUUACAACCCAAGGCUUGUGUCCGAUUGUCUUUAAAACUCUUUUCUUUGACUACAGACUAUUCCAUUUUUCAUGUCAUAAGGUUUAUGAUGUUGGAGUUGUACGUAACAUUGUUCUUCCUAAAACUUAAUACUAAAUCAACAGACUAGUCAAAUCUAUUGUAAAAAUGUUUGAUCAAGAGUAGUUGAUAACUAUUAUUGUAAAUUUGAGUGACUCCAGCUGUGAGUGAAGUUGAAGAGUAGGAAGACUUCAUAUAAAUGCCUUUUUAGUUAAUAUCUUAACCAUUUAAGAGUUAAUGUUGAGUAAAUGAGCCAUUUCCUUCAGAUGUUCUCUCCUUGUUUAAACAUAAUUUUAUAAUGAACAGGAUUGGAUUUUUUAUUUUUGUUUAAACAUGGAUUCUGUUAAAUCAUUAUUAAAGUUGUCAUCAAUAAACCAUUGCAUUUAUAUAAACUUUUAGAUUGCCUUGUGCAAAAUUAUGUAUUUAUUUAACAGUUAUUUACAAGCAGAUAGUUAUAUUAUUAUUUGAGUUGACAUUUGUGCGAUAUUACACGUUUAUUCAAAUAGUUUGUGUUUUAUGAUUUUCUAAAUGUUAAGUUGUGAUGCACCACUGCUAAGUAAUCAUAAUCAAAUCUCAAAACCUCUUGAAAAGUUCUUUCCAUGAUAUGAGUCCUAAUUUGAUAUACAGCUUUUAAAUUUGGGUACUUGUAGUUCUGUGUGUUGGUGUUCAUAUUUUGAGAUUUACUUGCAAUCUAACACAGUUGAAAGGUUUUACUAACAAACUUAUCUGUAUAAUAAUGAUAAUAGUAUUAAUUAGUUAAAUAUGUUUAAAAUUUUUUAAAUACCGGUAUAUUAAAGCAAUGAUUUUAUGUUAAAAAUAUUUUUUUUUUUAAAUCAUUAAGAAUACAGUUUCCCUAAUUCAAUUUUUUAAGUUAAUUGCUUUUAACCCAAUUAAUUUAAGUUGAUUACUUUAAACCCAAGUAAUUUAACUUAAUUUCUUUUAACCAGAACUGAGUUAAAUAGUAUUAAUUUGAAAUUGUUUUGUUCAAAACACAACACAUUUGUUUGUUUGCCUCUACUAAUUCAAGCACCUAAUUAUUCUGACUAACUAGCACUACUAAUUUUUGUCAAUCUAUUCUUUUCUUUGUUCUUGAAGUAAUGUUAAAAUGUGGCAAAAAAAAUUCAGUACAGAUAAAACCAAGUAGAUAUUGUAUCUGCUAUUUGAGGUUGAUCCUUAAUCAAAAUUUGACUGUGCUUAUUUUUUGUAAUAUUCUUAAUUUAGACUUUUAAUGUCGACAGGUUUAGCUGUGCAUGGAAAAAUUAGCCAUACAAGUUUAUAAAAAAUAGAGUUAAGCAACCUUUUGUUCUACUUAUGUGUGUACAUAGAGCUUUGUUUUUGUUUCAUCUCUAAAUCCAAGUCAUCAAAUUUACUGUCUCAUGAGGAAAUGGUCAUUUUUCGUAAAUUAAAAAAAAAAAUGUCCUUACAUUAUAUUAUAUAGAGAAUGUUUCAAUGUGAUAUUUCAAACAGCCAUAUUUUAAAUUACAGAAAAUUAUUGAUUCCACUUUUCCUCUCAAGCUUUUUUUAAAAAAAUGUAACUAUGUUCUAUAUUAGUAAUUAAAGAUACUUAUCAAUGGGUAUCAGUAGGGAAGACAUUGAUUGAUUAAUUGAUUGGAUAUUUAUAUUGCGCUGGUAGUCAUGCUACUUUAGCAUUCUUACUGUGCUCUGGUGUUCUUAAAUCUAUUUAAACAAAAAAGACUUUAAAUGUUUUUUAAAUGAUUUUGUAUCAUUUUCUAAUCGCCUUAAAGAUUGAGCUUAAAGACAUCAAGAUUCAGGCAGUUAGUUAGCACAUCAGAGAAUAAAUAUUAUAUCUAGUUCUAGUCAUCUUAUAUUUUGCUGCACUGUGAAAUGCAUUGGCCAAAUAUUAAUUUCAGAAUUUCCCUUUCGGCCGGCCUGACUUUUCAUUUUCCAGGCCGUGUCAAAGGAUUGCUGUUGACUGCCAGUAUUUUUAAGUCAAUUUAGGCCGUCUGCUGCUCUUAUAUAUGUACAUGGGUAGGCUUGCCUGUUCUAUUAUUAACAUACAAAUAAAUGUAUUCUUUGUUGCAGAUUCUGCUGCCAAUAUGCAUACAUUUGUCAAGUCAAUCGUUUGGGGACCGAUAAAUAACUAUUGUUUUUGUCAUGCGCACAUAAAUAACUUUUUAAUUCCAUUCGGUCUGUGCACAUUAAUAACAAUUUAACUCCCAUUAGGUCUUUUUACAAUUUGACUUGAACUUAAACCCAGAAAAAUUUCAAAAUUAAUUUGUGUUUUUCAGGCUAAACAUUCAUUGUAUUCCCAUCAGUUGAGGUAAAUUUUCUGGAUUUCCUUUCAGUUUUGAAACCCUCAUUAGAACAUAAAACAUGGAGGACCAUAAAAUCAAACUAACUAAUGAAUAUAAUUGCAAUCAGGCUAGAUAUUAGUCUUGAGAAAAAGCCUUGUGUCAAUUUUAAAAUUUUUAUUAGAAAUUAUGUGUUCAUGUUCUUUAUACACAAUUUUCAAGUAUUAUCAUUAUUUGUUUUAUGAAUUUUAAAAAAUCUUCUUGAAAUGCCAGUAUGAGUGGAGGAGUGAUGGUUAAUGGAAUAAACUGAGUGGGAGUGUGACGGUUAAUGGAAUAAAUUUGAUAAGCAGUGAUGGCAGUUAGAUCCAAGUUUAAUUUGAUUGAAGUUUUAAUUUUAUGAAUGUUCAAAAAUAGAGCAUAAGUUGCUUUUUUAAGUUUGAGACACAUUGAUAUGUUUAAUUAAAUGUUUUAUUUUGAG